AUGGUCUCUCUCUGGGGCUCGAAGAAGGAUGGCGAUGAUCCCGAGUCCGAAGCUCAACAAAAUGGUGAUGGAGCAGAGCCCAGCAGCGAACCCGCCCCUGCCCGCCAUUCAGUCGAAGCAAACGAACGUACACGAUUGCUUCCUCCACCUCAUGAAGGAUAUCUGAGCCCCGAUGACCCCGCUGUAUCCCCAUACAACUUGUGGAGCGUCCGAUUCCUUCGCUACUUUACCGUCUUCUUCGCUGUGAUUACCUUCAUCUGGUGGGUGCUUCUGCUGGUCUCGAUCUUCGUGAGCCCACCUGGAAUGCACUCUCGUGGCUCCGGAUUCUUCGACUUCUCUUACACGACCUUGACGCUUGGUCUACUGUUGACGGUCCUUCUAUUCUUCUCUACGCCCUCUAAAGCCGCUCAAGUAUCAUGCCUCGUCAUUUCAGUCAUCUUAUUGAUCGACAUGAUCAUGAUUGUCGCCGUACCACAGCUUCGAUUCGAGGAAGGUUGGGUUGGAAUCGCAAGUGUUGUCUGGGCGUUGCUCAUCAGCAUCUGGACAGUCUUCACAGAUAGGAUCGUUACGUGGGGCAAGCAUGAAGAGGAAGAACGUCUCACUGGCCGUUACGAGACUCGUCGCACUCUCACAGAGUGGCUCGCUGUCCUAUUUUCAACGAUUGUCUUGAUCGUCAUUGCUGUCGUGGCUGUCCUCAUGUCCGCAACUCUGAUCAUUCGAGCUCGAGACGCCUCUCUUCCAGCUCCUGGAGAGCAAUACUAUGUCGAUGGCGACAAGUACCGCAUUCAUGUCUUCUGCGAAGGCAAUACAACGACUCACAAGGGAACGAAAGUGCCAACAGUACUUUUCGAGGCUGGAGAACAACCUUUCGCUGGUAGUAUGGCUCUGUUUGCCGAAAAUGCUCUAGCAAACGGAAGUAUCAGCAGAUAUUGUUAUUCUGAUCGCCCAGGUCUAGGAUGGUCCGACAAUGCCCCAUCUCCAUUCUCCGCCGGUAUGGCAACAGAUGCUCUCUCUGAGGCUCUCGCUCGUGCUGGAGAAGAAGGACCAUGGGUUCUUGCCAGUGCUGGUAUUGGCAGCAUCUACAGUCGCAUCUUUUCGUCUCGCCAUGGUCGUGAUGUCAAGGGCUUGUUGUUGAUUGACCCUAUGCACGAGGAUCUCCUUCAUCGCAUUGGAAAUCCAUCUCGUGGCUUCCUCCUUUGGGCAUACGGUAUCCUCUCUCCUCUUGGACUCGACCGUAUUCCAGCAGCCAUCUUCAAAGGUCGGACUCGCGAAGAUCGCAUCUUUGGUCGCUCAGCACAUCAAAGUGGAAAGUAUAUCAAGGCCAAGCUUCAAGAAUCUCUCGUUGCAGAUUCUUUGAGCAAGAACGAAGUUAGUAGCGCAAGAAAUAUCCAGAAGGAGGGGACACCAUUGGCGCUUAUCAGUUCGGGUAUUGAGGUAAGAACUGAUAGCGAGUGGGAGAAGAAACAGAGAGAUCUCAGCCACUUGACGAAUAACCUCGUUAGCUGGGAUAUCGUCAACAAGGCGCCACACGAGGUGUGGCAAACAUAUAAUGGGAGAGAGACUAUUGAGAAGAGAUUGAAGGAGCUGAUCAAAGUCUAA